UGCUAUGCUAGCACAGCUCAGUUCGCGCCGUGCGUUGGCAGUGACCAAGUCAGUGUUUGUGGUUUAUUAAAUAAUAACUCCAAUCUGAUCAUAACGUGGGACUUUUUAAGAUACGAGUAAUAAACAAAAAUGUGCAUUUCCGCAUUAAGUAUUCUACGAGUAGCGUGUGCGCUCAUAUUGUCCAUCUCAAUUUGUACUAAAAGUAGUGAAUCAGCUCGUGUUCUGGGACUUUUUCCAACUCUUGGAAAAUCUCACUUGAUCAUACAAAUGGAAGUUAUCAAAACGCUCAUCGACAGAGGACAUAACGUCACAGUUGUUACCACUCUUCCAGUGACCAAGGGAAACCGCAACUUUCAACACAUAAAAUUACCUGAAAGAUCUUAUCCCGAGUGGAUAUUUACUAGUUUUAUCGAGGAUCGAAAAGGAUUAAUGGAUGAAUUAAAACAGACGUCAGUCAUGACGGACAUUGCAUUGAAUAUAUCCGAAGCUUCGUUAGCAGAUUUGAUAAAGUCAGAUUUCUUGAAUGAGGAACCCUUCGAUCUGGUGGUGCUUGGAUACUUUUUUAAUGAUUUCUUCAUGGGAAUUGCGGCACAUUUUAAGAGUCCUUUAGUGAUCAUCGAUACUCAUAAGCCGCUAUUUCUGACAAACUCAAUGAUUGGAAAUCCAAGCGAAACACUUUAUGUGCCCAAUGGACUUUUGGACGAUACUCAGCCCUUAUCAUUUGUUGGAAGGGUUCGAAAUACAUUAUUCUACUUCUUGGAAGUUGUGUACUCCAAAUUCUACAUUAGAAGCUUGAACAACAUUUAUGAAAAAUAUUUUCCUGGUGCCAAGUACCCAUCAUUGAUCGAUAUGUUCAAAAACGUUUCAUUGAUACUUCAAACCAGUCAUUUUAGUGAGGGUAUUAUUCGUCCAGAAGUUCCGGCCUUGAUACCAAUUGCUGGAAUUCAAGCGAAAUCAAAACCAGAUCCUCUCCCGAAAGACUUAUCGUUAAUCUUGGAUGGAGCAACGGAGCAUGGAGUUAUUUACUUCAGUUUGGGGACAAAUGCCAAAAGUUCGGAUAGAAAUCCGAUCACAAUUAGAAGCAUCUACAAUGUGUUUUCUAAAUUGAAACAAAAAGUUAUUUGGAAGUGGGAAAACGGCGAUUAUCCCGGAAACGCCUCCAAUAUAUUCUACAAAAAGUGGUUUCCACAAGAUGAUAUCCUUGCCCAUCGCAACCUUCGCCUGUUUGUCUCACACUGCGGCCUUGGGAGUGUCGUCGAAAGUAAUUAUCAUGGUGUUCCAGUUCUUGCGAUUCCACUUUUUGGUGAUCAAUUUGGAAAUGCGAAAGGCAUGGUUGAUGCUGGAUUUGCAGUUCAACUCGAUUAUCAAAAAUUAACGGAAGAAUCAUUUGGACGAGCAGUGAAGGAAAUGUUGGAUAAUCCUUCAUAUCGGGAAAAGAUUCAGACAUUUUCUAAAUUGUAUCGGGACAGACCGAUGUCGAUUCGAGACACUGCAGCUUAUUGGAUGGAGUAUGUUAUUCGGCACCGAGGAGCCAAACAUAUGCAGAGUCCUGCGGUUCAUAUGAAUGCCUUUGCAUAUUAUGGGCUGGAUGUGAUUGCGUUUUUACUCGUUAUUGUUUAUAUUGUAUUUAAGACUAUAUCAGUUUGUUGCUGUACUCUGAUCUAUAGAUGCAGAAAAAGCGAAAUUGGGGGAACCGACAAAAGGAAGAAAGAAUAACACAUUUUUUCUAUUAAUUUUCAACAAUAA